AUGGCGCCGAUGUACGUGGUCAAGAGGGAUGGACAGAGUCAGGAGGUGAAGUUCGAUGCUAUCACGCGCCGCAUCAGAAAUCUUUGCGAUGGCUUGGACUCCCGCUUCGUGGACCCCGUGCCCGUUACGCAGAAGGUAGUGGAAGGCUUCUACAACGGCAUCUCCACAUCGGAGGUGGACACCUUGGCUGCCGAGACAUGCGCAUACAUGUCACAGAAGCACCCAGACUUCUCCACUUUGGCCGCACGCAUUGCUGUGUCGAACCUGCAUAAAAACACAUCCGACUCUUUCUAUGAGACGUGCAAGAUCUUGCACGACUACAUCGACAAGCAGGGCAGGCCUGCGGCUCUUUUGGCCAAGGACGUUUGGGAGUUCAUCCAGGCCAACGCGGAGGCUUUGGACCAAGCCAUCGACUACAAGCGGGACUUGGGCUACGACUACUUCGGAUUCAAGACCCUGGAGAAGUCUUACCUCCUACGUGUGCAUGGGAAGAUCGUGGAGAGGCCGCAGCACAUGAUCAUGCGCGCGGCCUGCGGCAUCCACAUGGGGGACCUCGAAGCCGCGUUGGAGACGUAUGACUUGAUGUCGCGGAAGUUCUUCACCCAUGCGACGCCGACCCUCUUCAAUGCGGGGACUCCGAAGCCACAGAUGUCCUCCUGCUUUCUGCUGAAGUUGCAAGAUGACAGCAUCGAAGGUAUCUACGACACCCUGAAGCAGUGCGCUUCCAUCUCCAAGUCUGCCGGGGGAAUUGGCGUGGCAAUCUCGAACGUGCGUGCCGGCGGCUCCUACAUUCGCGGCACCAACGGCCACAGCAACGGCCUCGUACCCAUGCUCCGCAAUUUCAACGAGACGGCGAGGCAGAGCGCCAUUGCGCAAGCACAGAGUCAGAAUAGGUAUGUGGAUCAGGGCGGGGGCAAGAGGAAGGGCUCCUUCGCUAUGUACCUGGAGCCCUGGCACGCGGACGUUUUCGAUUUCCUGGAGCUUCGCAAGAACCACGGCAAGGAGGAGCAGCGUGCCCGCGAUCUCUUCUAUGGGCUCUGGAUCCCGGAUCUCUUUAUGAAGCGGGUCAAGGACAACCAGGACUGGACACUCUUCUGCCCCAACGAGGCCUACGACGGGGAGAGCGGCAAGGGGCUCAUGGAUUUCUGGGGCCAGGAGUUCGAGGAGCUGUACACACGCCUGGAGAGGGAGGGCAAGGGCCGCAAGACGGUGAAGGCACAGCAGCUUUGGUUCCGCAUCCUCGAGUCUCAGAUGGAGACAGGCACGCCCUACAUGUUGUACAAAGACCAUGCGAACCGGAAGUCCAACCAGCAGAACCUUGGCACGAUCCAUUGCUCCAACCUCUGUACAGAGAUCAUUGAGUACACUUCGAAGGAUGAGGUGGCAGUGUGCAACCUCGCCUCCAUUUCGUUGCCAGCCUUUGCCAGCUCGGAUGGCAGCUAUGACUUCCAGCGACUCUACGAAGUGACGAAGGUAGUGACCCGAAACCUGAACAGAGUCAUUGACCGGAAUUACUACCCGGUGGUGGAGGCACGCAAGUCUAACCUCCGGCAUCGGCCUGUGGGCUUGGGCGUCCAGGGCCUCGCUGAUGCUUUCCUCAUCAUGAAGCUACCCUUCGAGAGCGAGGCCGCGAAGCAGCUCAACGAGGACAUCUUCGAGACGAUUUACUUCGCGGCCUGCGAGGCAUCCUGCGAGCUGGCGGAAACUUGCGGGCCUUACGAGACCUACGAAGGCAGCCCUGCCAGCAAAGGUCUGCUGCAGUUCGACCUGUGGGAUCGGAAGCCACGCAGCGGACGCUGGAACUGGGAAGGCCUGAAAGGCCGCAUCGCCCAAUUCGGACUCCGGAAUUCUUUGCUUGUGGCACCCAUGCCAACGGCCAGCACAGCCCAGAUCUUAGGCAACAACGAGUCCUUCGAGCCGUACACACAGAACCUCUAUGUUCGACGAGUGCUUUCGGGCGAGUUCGUGCAAGUGAACCGACACCUCCUCAAGGACCUCAUCCAGCGCGGUUUGUGGAACGAGGAACUCCGCGUUCAGCUGGUCGCCCACAAUGGCAGUGUCCAAAAGAUGGACCUGCCGCAGGAUCUCAAGGAGCUGUACAAGACUGUCUGGGAGAUCAGGCAGAAGGUUGUGCUGGACAUGGCUGGAGACCGUGGUGCCUACAUUGACCAAUCGCAGUCUCUGAACAUCCACAUGACGGAUGUGACCACUGCCAAGCUCUCCUCCAUGCACUUCCACGGCUGGCAGCUAGGCUUGAAGACCGGCCUGUACUACCUCCGAACGAAGGCAGCUGCAGAUGCUAUCAAGUUCACCGUGGAUGUCCAGAAGCUCGGCAAGACCGCCAGGUCUGACAAGUCAUUGGCCUCUGAUUCAGAUGCCUCCACGGCAGUGUCCGCGACGAAAGGCUUGGAGGCGAUCGAAGCUCUGAAGGCUGAAGGGCCAAAGUACAGCUGCGUGAAUUGCAGCGCGUGUGUGAAGACCACGAGUGCCUUGUUUCUCCUGAUCCUCCUGUGUUUCACCGGGGACCUGAUUUUCCAGAGAAGUGGCAUUUUAGCUGGCCCAGCUGGGAAAGGAUUCUGUAAAUCUCUGCGUCCUUCACCGACUGUCGCAGUUCCCCGUGCCAUGGCGCCGAUGUACGUGGUCAAGAGGGAUGGGCAGAGUCAGGAGGUGAAGUUCGAUGCUAUCACGCGCCGCAUCAAAAAUCUUUGCGAUGGCUUGGACUCCCGCUUCGUGGACCCCGUGCCCGUUACGCAGAAAGUAGUGGAAGGCUUCUACAACGGCAUCUCCACAUCGGAGGUGGACACCUUGGCUGCCGAGACAUGCGCAUACAUGUCACAGAAGCACCCAGACUUCUCCACUUUGGCCGCACGCAUUGCUGUGUCGAACCUGCAUAAAAACACAUCCGACUCUUUCUAUGAGACGUGCAAGAUCUUGCACGACUACAUCGACAAGCAGGGCAGGUCUGCGGCUCUUUUGGCCAAGGACGUUUGGGAGUUCAUCCAGGCCAACGCGGAGGCUUUGGACCAAGCCAUCGACUACAAGCGGGACUUGGGCUACGACUACUUCGGAUUCAAGACCCUGGAGAAGUCUUACCUCCUACGUGUGCAUGGGAAGAUCGUGGAGAGGCCGCAGCACAUGAUCAUGCGCGCGGCCUGCGGCAUCCACAUGGGGGACCUCGAAGCAGCGUUGGAGACGUAUGACUUGAUGUCGCGGAAGUUCUUCACCCAUGCGACGCCGACCCUCUUCAAUGCGGGGACUCCGAAGCCGCAGAUGUCCUCCUGCUUUCUGCUGAAGUUGCAAGAUGACAGCAUCGAAGGUAUCUACGACACCUUGAAGCAGUGCGCUUCCAUCUCCAAGUCUGCCGGGGGAAUUGGCGUGGCAAUCUCGAACGUGCGUGCCGGCGGCUCCUACAUUCGCGGCACCAACGGCCACAGCAACGGCCUCGUACCCAUGCUCCGCAAUUUCAACGAGACGGCGAGGCAGAGCGCCAUUGCGCAAGCACAGAGUCAGAAUAGGUAUGUGGAUCAGGGCGGGGGCAAGAGGAAGGGCUCCUUCGCUAUGUACCUGGAGCCCUGGCAUGCGGACGUUUUCGAUUUCCUGGAGCUUCGCAAGAACCACGGCAAGGAGGAGCAGCGUGCCCGCGAUCUCUUCUAUGGGCUCUGGAUCCCGGAUCUCUUUAUGAAGCGGGUCAAGGACAACCAGGACUGGACACUCUUCUGCCCCAACGAGGCCUACGACGGGGAGAGCGGCAAGGGGCUCAUGGAUUUCUGGGGCCAGGAGUUCGAGGAGCUGUACACACGCCUGGAGAGGGAGGGCAAGGGCCGCAAGACGGUGAAGGCACAGCAGCUUUGGUUCCGCAUCCUCGAGUCUCAGAUGGAGACAGGCACGCCCUACAUGUUGUACAAAGACCAUGCGAACCGGAAGUCCAACCAGCAGAACCUUGGCACGAUCCAUUGCUCCAACCUCUGUACAGAGAUCAUUGAGUACACUUCGAAGGAUGAGGUGGCAGUGUGCAACCUCGCCUCCAUUUCGUUGCCAGCCUUUGCCAGCUCGGAUGGCAGCUAUGACUUCCAGCGACUCUACGAAGUGACGAAGGUAGUGACCCGAAACCUGAACAGAGUCAUUGACCAGAAUUACUACCCGGUGGUGGAGGCACGCAAGUCUAACCUCCGGCAUCGGCCUGUGGGCUUGGGCGUCCAGGGCCUCGCUGAUGCUUUCCUCAUCAUGAAGCUGCCCUUCGAGAGCGAGGCCGCGAAGCAGCUCAACGAGGACAUCUUCGAGACGAUCUACUUCGCGGCCUGCGAGGCAUCCUGCGAGCUGGCGGAAACUUGCGGGCCUUACGAGACCUACGAAGGCAGCCCUGCCAGCAAAGGUCUGCUGCAGUUCGACCUGUGGGAUCGGAAGCCACGCAGCGGACGCUGGAACUGGGAAGGCCUGAAAGGCCGCAUCGCCCAAUUCGGACUCCGGAAUUCUUUGCUUGUGGCACCCAUGCCAACGGCCAGCACAGCCCAGAUCUUAGGCAACAACGAGUCCUUCGAGCCGUACACACAGAACCUCUAUGUUCGACGAGUGCUUUCGGGCGAGUUCGUGCAAGUGAACCGACACCUCCUCAAGGACCUCAUCCAGCGCGGUUUGUGGAACGAGGAACUCCGCGUUCAGCUGGUCGCCCACAAUGGCAGUGUCCAAAAGAUGGACCUGCCGCAGGAUCUCAAGGAGCUGUACAAGACUGUCUGGGAGAUCAGGCAGAAGGUUGUGCUGGACAUGGCUGGAGACCGUGGUGCCUACAUUGACCAAUCGCAGUCUCUGAACAUCCACAUGACGGAUGUGACCACUGCUAAGCUCUCCUCCAUGCACUUCCACGGCUGGCAGCUAGGCUUGAAGACCGGCCUGUACUACCUCCGAACGAAGGCAGCUGCAGAUGCUAUCAAGUUCACCGUGGAUGUCCAGAAGCUCGGCAAGACCGCCAGGUCUGACAAGUCAUUGGCCUCUGAUUCAGAUGCCUCCACGGCAGUGUCCGCGACGAAAGGCUUGGAGGCCUCUGCGAUCGAAGCUCUGAAGGCUGAAGGGCCAAAGUACAGCUGCGUGAAUUGCAGCGCGUGA